AUGCUCGGACGUCUCUACCUUUUACUGUUCGCUGAGCCGCGGCACGACCGACUGUCCACCGUUCCUUCCCAAGGCUCUUCUCGCCGACACCAGAGCGACAGCAGCUCCGACCCUCCGUCUCAUCUGCAGCACCCCCCCGCAGCAAUCAUUGAAGACAUGAACAUAUGUUAUAUCCUGGAUGGGAUCCUCAUCCUCUACGGCCUCAUCCUGACCGUCUUGUACUGCCGACUGAGGAUGGUUCCAGACAACAAUCACCCUGAGAAGCAGCCGGUUAAGGGAGGCAUCUACGAGGGUUUGCGCACUCCCUGUGCCGACACAUAUGAGACCAUCGGGAAGAAGGCGAUUGUCUGAUCAACAGAGCGACGUUGUGAAGAUGAUGCUGAGCACAAACACACACACAUAUAUUGUAUAUUUAGUUAUUCCGACUUGCGGCGGGCUUGUGCUUCGUCUGCCUUAAUAUAUAGAUAUAUAUAUUUUUGUCUUUCUAUUUUAUUGAUAAUAACAUUUCCCAUCUUUCUGUCAUUCAUCCACGAAAUGCUAAAGCUAUUAAUAUGAGUCGUGUGAGAGAGUUUCACUGUGUUACUAAGAAAACAGAAGUUUAUCUUUUGUGUCUGAUCAUUUGUCCGUUUUGACAAACUUCAGAUUAUUUAGAAAAUGGGGAAAUAUCUUAACCUCACAACUUCAAAUGAAUCCAUUUUUACUAACAAUUAAUCAGCUAAUUAUUUUUUCAAUUAAUUUGAGAAAAUGUCUGAAAUGAAUGAAGAGUUACGAUUUCCUUAAGUCCAGGUGACAUCUCUUAAAAUAAUUCCUCGGUCCAGAAUCUAAAGGAAAGAAAAGACUGAGGGAAUUUGAAAUGAAUAAAUCAGAACUAGAAUGUUUCAAUCAUUAAAUAUUUUGCUGAUUGACUAAAAUCUACCUACAAAUGAAUCUGAUUAGUUCAAAUCCUGUUUUAUGGGCUUCCCAUGAUCAACACUUAGCAAAACCUGGAAUUUUUUGACAAGCUUCAAUUGUGUGUAAAAUUCUGAUUUGAAACAUUAAGCUGCUUUUCAUAUUAAAUAGUUUGAAAGUUG